UUCUCUCCCUCUCUCUUUCUGCAUAGUAACUCCCACAAUCAUUCCCCUCCUCACGUGUGUCACAGGGCUGUGACUGGGAUUUUGCCAAAGCUAUGCAUGCGGAUAAGCGUCUGUUACAGAACAACCUCUUUAUUGUGAUGUAGAAAUAAAAGCACCGCAAGCCCCCAAUUUCAUUCAAACACAUCGGCUCCUGGUACUGGAGGAACAAUGCCACUCGGAAGACAAAUGCAGUUCAUGUUACUCUUCAGCCGUCAGGGAAAGCUGCGGCUCCAGAAGUGGUACGUGCCGCUGUCUGACAAGGAGAAGAAGAAGAUUACCAGGGAGUUGGUUCAGACUGUCUUAGCCCGAAAACCGAAAAUGUGCAGCUUCCUAGAAUGGAGAGAUCUGAAGAUUGUCUACAAAAGGUACGCCAGCCUUUACUUCUGCUGCGCCAUUGAAGACCAAGACAAUGAGCUGAUCACUCUAGAAAUAAUUCAUCGUUACGUGGAGCUUUUGGACAAGUAUUUUGGCAGCGUGUGUGAGCUUGAUAUCAUCUUUAAUUUUGAGAAAGCCUAUUUUAUCCUGGACGAGUUUCUUUUGGGAGGAGAGGUACAGGAAACAUCAAAGAAAAAUGUUCUAAAAGCCAUCGAGCAGGCCGACCUGCUACAAGAGGAUGCUAAAGAAGCAGAGACACCACGAAGCGUACUGGAAGAGAUUGGACUGACAUAAACCUCGGGUCCUGCCAGCAAUGCCUCCUUGUUGUCACAUUAAUGUCCACUGCCUUCACCUCAGUGUUAAACUAAUAGUGUAAGAUGCUGUCUGUCAGUAUUAUUGUACUGCUAAGCUGCUUUAGUUGAUUCCUCAAUGAAAAAAAAAAGAAAAAAAAAAUCUCCAUAUAAUGUCAGCACAGUGGUCAGAAAGCGUACAGAGGGACUUGGACAGUUACAUUUUGCUAUAUCCAUGAUAAAUUAUGAAGGGAAAAAAAACUCUUUUUUUUAUAUUUUGGGUCCAUAUGAGGGAAUAUUUGAUUAUUGUACUUCUGUUUCAGACACUGCCUGUAAUCUAGAUCAGAGUGUGAAUUAUAUUAUUGCUGAGUAAAGUAGACUCAAGAAUUUUUUUUUGAUAACCAAAGACUGUGCUCUUAUCCAUGACCGGCCAUUUUAAUACAUAAAGGGAUUAUGAAAACUGUUUACCGCUGAAUUUUGUUUUCCUUUCAUCAAAUAAACCAAAGAAUGCGCGUGAAGAUCCGCAGCCAAUGCUGAUUGAAAACAUUCCUGGGUUUUGAUGUUGCUUGUAACCAUUAUAUGAGAAUAGCUUCAAAGGGCAAGCUUACAAAAUGGAACAGGCAGACCUAGCAGUGCGGGAACAUUGAAGCUCCGGCCAU